GCAGCCUGGGACAGCAGCCAGGCCCCCAUGGCCUGGCACUGAGCCCCUGCAUCCUCCCUGCUCAGGGCUGGCCUCGGCGCUGCUCAGCCAGGGAAACGCCAGCCCAGGAGCUGCAGGAAGAUGAUGUGCCUGCCCGCCUCCCCACCGGCGCUGAGGAUGUGCCUGGGGCUCGGGCUCUUGGUGCUGCUCUGCCUUGGGAUAGGCCAAGCGCUGGAGAAGAAAGUGGUCAGAAGCAAAGCGGGGGAAAAGGCCAGCCUGCCUUGCUGCCAUGAAAUCCCCAGCUCAGAAAGCCUGCACAAGUACCGGGUGUACUGGCAGAAGAACGUCACCGACGUGGUGCUGGCCUACUCCGAGGGGAAGGUGAUCUCCCAGCACGAGCGGUACCAGAACCGCACAGAGAUGGACCCCUGGAACCUCACGCUGUGGAUCUCCCCCGUGGAGAUCCUGGACAACGGCUCCUACCAGUGCGUGGUUCAGCGCAACUCUGUGCUGGUGUGCAGCGAGUCUGUCAUCCUCUCUGUCACAGCUGACUUCAGCAAGCCCAACAUUACGGCAGAAGUGACCGCUGACUCCUGCGAGUCGACUGAGAUGGUGAUAACCUGUUCUUCUCAUGGAGGUUUCCCCAAGGCCACACUCUCUGGAGCCCUCAACAACAUGUCCAUGGAGUGGAAUGCCAGCUGGGUGUCUGAGUCCAGCUUCAGCCCCUACAACGUCACUGGAAAAAGGGUGCUCAACGUGACCAAAGACGUCACCAUCACUUGCUCCGUUGAAUACAGUGGCUUUGCUACGUCCACCAGUUUGCUUCUGAAAAAAACAAACAACUGCGUGGUUCCUCCUGCGCCUCUGCCUUAUAAUGUCAUUACUGCUUCAAUUAUCAUCGUUAUCACCUUCAUUCUGGCUAUCACCCUGGCUGCAAGAUACCUCCCAAGGCAUGUUUGUUCCCGCUGUUGCAAUCACCAGGAUUCUGUGGAAGAGGGUGUGAAAGAACACACAAAGGCACCCAUGAGCUAUAAAGUGACAGCUGAAACAUCAUCUGUAUGACCAGAUAGCAUUUGCAGGUACUUUUCUUCACUCUCCUCUUGGCAAAACAGUUUCUCAAAUACCAUUGCAUGGUUGUGCAAUGUUGGCUCAAACCAGCACGGGUCACCCAGCUGUCAGAUCUGCAGGGACAUCCCCUGCCAUUGCCCCUGUGCUCAUUUCAUGGGCCUCUCAGCUGAACACUGGGCAGUGUUUUUGGGCUCCUGUUGGGCUCAUUUGUGAGUCACUCGUCCCUACCUCAGGUGCCACACGUGGCUUCACCCUCCAGAGGGUCUGGCUGAUUCCCUGUGAGCCUGACCUGAUGCCUCAGCAUGGGAACAUCACUGAUGAUAGAAACUGAGCAUUGACCAAAUGGUGGUAAGGGAGGGAGAGCAAAAGAACGACUCCAGCUUUCCCAGUAUGAUCAGACAUGCCUGUCCACUGCUGAGAUAUGUCCAUUCCCUUCAGCAGCUGCAAGAACAGAGAAGGAAAAUUUCCUCCCUCAAGCUGGCCCAGAAAACACUCAUAUUUUAAAAGGAGUUGCUUUUGAUAAUGGAGUGUUACAAAAGAAGGGCUGGGGAAGUCUGGCUUGCCAAGGUUUUAUGAUUACAAAGGAUUAUAUUUGCUUUGGCUUGAGAGCUCAGCAGUUUUCAGGGCUGUGUCCUCCAAAAAGACACUUUAGUGAAGAUUAGCAGCUAACUGUUCUUAUUCACAUCAUUAUCCAGGUGACUGCAUGUCCUGCUCUCACCACAGCGUGGGGAAUUGCCAGGGUACUGCCUGCAGAAUUGCCAGGGUAAUGCCCUACAGCAACAGCUGUGGGGUCCUGGAAGUCACAACUUUGUCAAACUGUGCCCUGCAGAAUCUAAAAAUUCAAUAGCUUGGAGAUGGAAAGGAGGGGAAACUCUCAUUCAGGCCACUUGUCUCAUUUCCAAACCUGACCACCCACUCAUGUUUUCCUCUGGGGAAGGCCCUGUCUGGAACAGAUACUAGAGCCUUGGUUAGCAUGAAUUUGGGGGAGUUUUGUGAUGGGAGUGGCAGGAGUUCACCUACAGAAUAAACCCAUUCUCUUUUGCUGUAAGAGUUUGCCAGGAUUUUCCUGUAGGUGGCUGGUGCUUCCCGACUCCAGCUGUCUGUGGAGUGGGAUGGAAGCUGUGCUUCCUUGGUGGCUGACUGCCAUGUCCUGCUGCUGCUUAAAGAGGGAAGCACGUUCCCGAGUCAUCCUCACUCUGUUCCCAAGGCUUUUGCGGGGAGCGUGGGCCAGAACAGCUCCGAGUUUAGGGAGCAGGAGCCCUCUUGUGGAGGGCUCUCGCAGGUGAUACCUGUUUGUCAUUACUGGGCUACAUUUAAGGUGUGAAAAAAAACCAAAAAACAAAAAAAUCAGUGACAUCUCUUCCUUGGGCCCCUCAGAUUCUUCCCGCUGUGCGUCCCGCGCUGCAGACUCCACUGCUGGUUGCACAGCGAUGCUUGCUGCCUUGGCUCUCUGCGAGGGGGUGGCAGCAGCAGAACUCUCUGCUCACCACGUCUGGAACACGAUCUCCUGUGGACGAUGCAAACCCUGCCCACGCCACCGAAGCCCCGCGGUGGCCUCGUUACAGGGAUUCCAGCUGAGAGGAGCCUCCGUGUUCCUGCAGUGGCAGAAGGAUGUCACCAGUGCCACACCAGGACUUCAGCAACCUGCUCUGUGACAACUCUCUGUGACAAUCAGGGACCUGCAGAGCCCUAGCAGGGAGCAAAUGCCCACCUACCCCUUCAAUAACACGGAGCUGCCCUUUGGGACACCCCAAAUCCUGACAUGCAAUCUCAUCAGUUUGUGCCUCCACGCUGUGAGUGGGAGCAGCCAAAACUUCUUUAAUGUUCAUCCUCACACAAGCAUCUCUUCUUCCUGCUGGAGGACUUUGGAUUUGGACUCGACCAUUACAGAUACACAUCCCUUUUCCCCUAAAGAGGAAAUAGUGGGCAGGUUUUUCAUGAGAAAAAGACACCUUGCAAGUGAGUCUGUGUGCCUCAUGCUUAUUUGCAGCGCUAUGAGACUUUUUAGGGAAUGAUACACACUGACAGCACUCCUAAGAACUAAUGAAUAUUGCUUACCCACUGCAGUGGCACAAGUUCUCAUAACCUUUGUCUCCUGAAAGGAUGAAAGGACAGCCUUGCCAGCCCAAGCACCGAGGUACAGCCACACCACCUGUGCACACACAUGGCCGAGCUUCCACGUGCAUUCCUUCCUUCCCAGCCACACCUGGAAAGCCCCACUGGACCCUGUGUGACAGCCAGAGGUGAUCUCCUGGGUAUCUGCUGUCAUCAAAUGUGACUCUGGGCCUUGCUUCAUGAACCUGGCUCUGCUUCUGCGUGUACAUCUGCCAUGGGAUACUUGUUAGAGAAAGCUCUGCAGAUUUUUGGGAGUUUCUCACAGCAAUGUGAAGGUAUUUACUUUGCAUUGAACAUUGCUGCUUUCUGCCAGUGUUCUCUACUCAGCCAGGACUACAAGGAAUUUCCCUACAGGAUGCUAACAUUGAACAGGACUCAUCUGAUCCAGGUGACAUUCUUGCCUACUGUGUAGGAAAAAAUGGCUUCUCAUUUUGAGGGAAAAAGAGGAAAAUGCCCCAACACCCAAUAAGCUUCACAAGCAACUCUGCCCUGAGUUUGACUGGAAUGUUUUUAUCCCUUUUGCUCUGCAAGCUGUACCCACUCCCUCACUGUUCUAUCCACGUUAUCAGGGCAAACCAAAGUCUGACAGCACAGUGCCAUCCUCUUUGUGGGAUAUGUUGUUACUUGGGCUGCUUAUCUUCCUAGGACACAGCAAAGACAUAGUCCAUCCAUUUCACUUUUUUUCUACUUGGUACAUAUUGAGAAACUGCUGGAGAAAAUAGGAGGAUUAAAAAUGGUUUAUAGGAUACUGAGCUCUGAGAUUAAGUAAAAAAUGAGACAAUGCUCCCUUCCUACUCCUGCCGAGUCACACUGUGCUAUCACCUUUUUACUGCUUUCCCAUUGUGUCAAGUGUAAUGGGAACUUCAGAACAUUCUUACAGAGGAGUUUUAGACAGAGAAAAGGAGGUAAGCUGGGGGUGAAGGAAACAAUUGCACUUGUGUGUUCUGGAUGCAAACAGAAGACAAGUGACAGAAAUCAGGGUGUUUUCAAAAGGCAGCCUGACCUUACUGCAGGACUUGGUGCAUGAGUGAUGUGUGUCACACUUUUUGGGUUUCCUGUUCUUUCAGCCUAUGCUUGCUCCAGCACAAACCACCAGCUCCCUGCAGGCUGACCACCCUCUCCUGGCAUUCAGUUCCAACUUUGCUGAUUUCCAGCAGUGUUUUUCCCUAUAACCACCCUGCAGCUGCACCUUGCCAGCCACACCACAGCUCAGCCAGUUGCACCAGCACAUUUUCCCUCUCACUACCCCAUGCUCUCUCCUUCUGCUCCUGACCAGGGACUGUGCAGCCUCCUGGGGAAGGGUUUGUCUUUUGCUCUGUGCCAAACCUUUUCACAUCACCACAGACUCCAGUAACACUUCCAGUAACUCCUUCUAAAGGAAUCCAAAAAUUUCACUGACAAGUAUGUCUAGCAUCAGGUUCUUUGGUUCAUUUUUCAUUAAGCACUAAUACUCUGGAUCAUGUUUUCUAUUGCCUUAGGGUGUAUUCAGUGAGUUGCACACAAAUGGUUUCUGUGACACUUUCUCAGCUUCAUAUCUGUCAUUGUAGCAAGUGAGCUGCUCUGUUUACCCUGGAUCUUUUGUACAUAAUGUUUCCUGGGGUUCCUCCUUUAAUUGUAUUAAAAAAUAAAUUGUAAACUUGGUUUUCUUUCCUUAGUAAUAAAAGAUGCAUGUCUAUGCAGUGGGUAGAACCUCUGUUAUUCAUGUUAGCCACCAUUUCACAUCAUCCAGGUAGGUGAUGCAGGUGUUGACAAAGCUGUACCAGGUACAGCUGGCAUCAAACCACAGCUCUGUCCAGUGUACUGACAGCAAUGACAAAAUGACACUCAGGUAACCCAGCUUGUGACUUUCCCACCCCUCACACCUCUGUUUGCCACAGAUCAUCGUUCUCCCUCCAAACAUGAGGCUCCCUGCAAAAGCAAAACACAGAGUGAGGUGUUCUCAUUGCACCCCUGCUCCUUGGGUUACCUACUCUGGAAGUGGAAGGUCAAUAAUUUCAGUGCUGUGCUUCUGCUGGGGGUGAAAGGAGUGGGGAUGUGAAGAAUCCUUUACAGGUAUGUAAGAAACAAACUCUGAACCAAUUCUUCACUCCCCAUUCAGGAGUCUAAGAAAUAAGGAAGUGCAGGGAGCUAAAUUCAGCAGGAAACUGAGAAACAAAUGGCUGCUAAUCUUGAGUGUAGCUGGAAGUCUCUGCUUCCCUUAAGAACAUGUAACACAGAGAGAAAAUCCACACAACUGCUACACCUUGGCUCAGCCUUCCCUCUCGUGGAAAAACAUCCCUGCACCAAUGGUCAGGCACAGGAAAAUUAGUAUUCUUUAGGCAUCACAUCAAAUACCACCGAACAGGAACAGAGGCAGAGCAAUGACACAGCUAAAUGUCAUCAGAGCUGCUGUGCAGAUAAGAGUGUGGGAUAUUGGGUGGGGAUGUAAUAGCAAGAAGAAAGAAGAUAAAAAAGAAGAAGAUAAGACAUCGCUGUGUGUGCAUAAUGGCAAAAAUGUAACUUAGAAAAGCUUCUUUUCUUUUUUUGGGGGGCAGAGGACACCACCAUUACUGUCACCAACACAUACAGCUUAAAACAGGAAGAAGGAAAGAUAUAUCCACACCUCUGCUUAUGCAGAUCCUUCACUUACACAUAGAAAAGGAAAAUCACAGCUGGCUGAUGACAGCCCUGAAAUACACGUGUUUAUUCAAUGGAAAAAUGAGCUACACUGGAGUGUUUAAAAAAUUAAAUGCUCACUUCAGGAGUCAGAAAACACAACACCUUCUUGAAAGCAAACUGUGCCAAAAAUCUGCUUUGGGUGGGUGGAAUAUGCUCUGUGGGAUCAACUGUUCAUAUUUCAAUCAACACUAAUUAUCUGGAAAAGCAUUCAACCAGAACAGAUUCUUUUCUUAUGAGAAGAACGCCCAAAAAUCCUGCCUGGAUGUAAUUCCUUUUAGUAGGAGAACAAGAAAAGGGAACAGGAAUUCUGACCUUCUGCUUUGGGGGGAACAGUCAUGGGCUACCUCACCCUUGUGGGUACAGACAAUGUUGUGGAGAGUAACUCCAGCACCACCCACAGGUCACAGCUCUGACUGAACAGCUCAUCUCUGGAACAAAAUAACAGAGCUGGCUGGCUCUCCUGUGGCUCUUGCCUUUGUUACUGCCUGGGUAGAGGGAUGUCUGGUGGGAUCUCUGAGCUCUUCUCAAGGAAUAUCACUCAAGGAUGCUUCUCUAGUACUGUACUAGAAGCAACACCAGCUGUACUGACAAAGAGCUUAUGGACACAGUCACCACUGCUGAAUGGCUUUAUUGAGUCUCUUGAACUACAUUUCCUCCAAAGUCAUCCCCUGAUUACCAAAUUGCAAAUGAAAUUAGAGGCCUUCUUGUUGUUAAAGCAGUCCACAGUGCCAAGGCUUCCACUGUCACCACCAGAAAUGUCAUGUUCUCUGUGGCACCCUCAGGCCUCUAUUGAA